CUCUAUCUCUCAGUCUCUCUAUCUCUCUCAGUCUCCUGUAUAAUGACUAUCUGUUGCUGUAGAUUUCUGGGACACAGCUGGACAGGAACGCUUCCAGAGCAUGCACCCAUCCUACUACCACAAGGCUCACGCCUGCAUCAUGGUGUUUGAUGUGCAGAGGAAGGUGACCUAUAAGAACCUGAGCAGUUGGUACCAGGAGCUGCGUGAGUACCGGCCCACGAUCCCCUGUGUGGUGGUGGCCAACAAGAUAGACGCUGAUCAGAAAAUCACACAGAAAAGCUUCAACUUCGCCAAGAAACAGGGUUUACCUUUCUACUUCGUGUCAGCGGCCGACGGCACCAACGUGGUGAAGCUGUUCCGGGACACCAUCAGACUCGCCGUCUCGUACAAGGAGAACAGCAGCGACUUCAUGGACGAGGUGAUGCGGGAGCUGGAGAAUUUCGCUCUUGAGGCUAAAGGUGAUGGUCCUGAGCAGAAUCCAGAGACCACGACCGAAACCACGGACCCUGACACUACAGUGUGACUGACCCUCAUGAGAACUGGCU